AUGGGUGAUUUACCAUCUGAAACGGAGGAGGACAGGGUCCCUUCGGACGAGAUCAAUGCCGGUUGUUCGAAUUCUGACAUACAGCUUCUUGCUGCAGUCUAUGACAGGGCAAUCGACAAGGCUGAAGCGCUUCUGUCCGAGCCUGAUGUCAAGCUCGAUGCAAAGGAUGAAAACGGAGAGACAGCCCUGCACAUAGCCUGCCGCCGUGGCUACGAUGACAUUGUGGAGAAUAUGCUGAAAAGGUUUCCAGACAUCAAUAGGAAGGACGAUGAUGGGUGGACACCGCUCUACAGUGCUGCAUGGGGUGGCCAUGCAUCCAUAGUUUCCUUACUUCUCUCAAAAACCGGUCUGCCCUCUGUCAGCAAGAACAAACCUAAGACGGGUUCGAAACUCGAUGGUACGAAGAGCGGCCGCCAACUUCCCAUCAGCGGUAGUCAAAUCGAAAUAGACUCGCCAGAUUACCAGGGGAGAACGCCUCUGCACACCGCGAGCUACUGGGGAUAUACAGAUGUUGUCAACGAGAUUGUAUCGUACAAGGCAAACCCCAAUAUUCAUCAAAGCGAAAGGAGCUUGGACACAAAAGACAAUGCAGAUCGAACACCACUUUAUAUUGCCGUUGAAGAAGGUUACGCAGAAGUAGUGAGAGCAUUACGCACCGCGAAUGCUACUAUUCUUGUCAACGAUCGCACCGCUCUCCAUCUUGCAUCGGAACGUGGAAGCCAGGAAGUCGUGGAAGCCGUUCUCGGCCUCGGAUCCGGGCGGUCUGCCCUGACGGUCAGAACGACUGAUGAGAGGAAGGAAUGUCCGCUCCACGUCGCCGCCCGCCAUGGCGGAACUGCUAUUGUCGAAGAGCUACUAAAACCACGGUCCGAUGGCUUCACUGGCUGUGUUGAUGCAACGAGCGGACAGAAUGGGAUGGUUCCAGGACAAAAGCUUGCCCAGCGGGCUUCUGAUCGCUGGCCAGUGUUUGACCAGAUUAAAGCCCAAGACUCAGAUGGAAACACGCCCGUGCACCUGGCGGCCGAGGAGGGUAAAGCUGAUGUGGUGAAGAUCCUCCUCGAGAAGUCAGAGAAUGAUAUAUGUGGAAAUAUGUUUAACCAGGCUGGCGAUUCGGUACUACAUGUCGCAGCCAAAAAGGGGCGUUUGAAAGUCAUACAAGAACUUCUGAACCGGAAAGUGAACGUUAUUCAAACCACCCAGGUUGAGGAGAAUACAGCUUUGCAUCUCGCUGCCUCCCGCGGUCAUGUUCCGGUGGUGGUGGCUCUCGUCUCCGUGAUGAAGUCAACUGACGUAGAGGAGUUGAAGAAUGCAGAAUCGGAAACUGCCCUUGGUCAAGCAGUUGCAGCGAAGCAAUGGGAUGUUGCUCGCAAAUUAUUGGACAAAAUUCAAAAAGCGGACUUGGGAUCACUUGGACCUGACAAUGCACUCAUUUCUGCUGCAGAGGAUUGUAUAUCACACGACAUGGUACAGCUAUUGCUGAUGAAGCAGAAGUCUAAGACCAUGGAUAAGAGCCGCGCGGUGCAGGAGAACAAAAGACACGUUAUACCGAACUAUUGGGGUCCACUUCAUUGGGCAGCAUAUUAUGGAAACGGCGUAGUAGUUCGGUCACUUCUUCUAACCACUGCCUGGACAACACGUCAGAUGAAAACUGCGCUGGAAGCCUGCAAAAUCGGCCUAGCCGAGUUGAGAAACGGCCCUGAACCGGAAUUCGUUGAUAAGCCUGGCGAAGGACCAUCUCAUCUUGAGGAGCGCAUCCAAGGCCUGGGGAAACGGAGGGACUCGCAGUUGGGUAUCGGUCCAUCCGGGAAGACCAAGCAAACCGCAGAGGGCAGAGCUAAUCCUCAUGAGCGCGAGAUAGAAGAAAGAUAUGCUCUGCCCCUUGAUAUGCUGCAAGAUCCUCCAUUUCUAGAAGCGUCCGACCCGCAAGAGACAUACGAGAAGCCCGAGCUGACAGAUGAAGAUAUAAAACUCUCAAUUGCCGAUUUCGACGCUACCGUUGUGGAUUUCUAUCGAGACGGAGAUCGGUCUGGCCUUCUACGUCGGUCUCGUAAGGUCUGUCAGGUCAUAUUUGAAGACGGCCCCGACGCAAUAAUGAGAAAAGCAAGAGACACUCUGAACAAUCUUGAAAAUGGUAUUGGCAAAGAGAAAGGAUUCAGUGACAAGCACCUUCAAUUCCGAUGGAUACACUUGCCGGCGAACAAUCUCGAAUGGAUGCAGGAUUUGACAAAGAGAAUUUAUGUGGAGAGAGAACGGCCACGACAGAAUUACAAAGAUGUGGCAGACUUCCUUCGGCGCAGUUGGUAUGAACUGCCAGAAGGGCCUUCAAAUGCACGCUUCAUGAAGCCUGGCUGCAAGAAAGAGUCCUUCACUCCACUGUCUCUGAGUCAAAAAACUGCAGACGCUUCAACUCAAACAUCUAAUACUUCGCCCUCCGGGACUGGGGAACAAGUGCCAGAGACAAGCACAACACCUUCCGAUGAAGGAACGUCACAGAGAUCGUUCCGUAAACUUGCCUUGUAUAUGCCGUAUGUCACCUUCGCGGAAUAUACCCCAGCCGAGGCUUGCUCAUGGCAACGGUCCUCCUCUUCUGAUAGUGGGAGCGACGACGGCUCAACGCUGGGAGAGGACCUGAAGAAAUACCAGAGACUAUUGGAGAUCUAUCACGACAAGAUUAUCCACGGAUCCCGUACGCUGGACGAAUCCUACUAUGAAAAUCUUUCGAAUAUGAAAGAGCGAAACGAAGACCAAGUCGUCACGAAGUACUUUGAUAAGCACUCCCAGCAGCCUCAAGAACCCAGCCUGGUCCAAACUUCCGGCCCAAGUCAAGCUGGACACGCUCGGCAAAUGGCUUCUACAACCGGCAGAGUACGGGAUUCACCGAUAAAAAUCCUGAGGGUUGACCAACUAUGGCUGUGGGUUAUUGAUCACGAGACAGUCAUCAGUAGCUCUACACAUCGUCUCGACCAUGGGGAGGAUCCGGUCUUGGAAAAGAUCUUUGCGUAUUUGAGAGAAGAGAAGGUUGCAAGCACCGGCAGAAAAGGCAAAGGCUUGCCGUCUACAGUCGACGAUAUGAGCAGAUUUAUUCCCAAGUUUUGCAUCGGCUUUUUCAACCACUGUAACUGGAAAGGCGAGUUGGAGAUCGACAAAUCCAUCUAUCAAAUUUUUGCAAGUUCAAUCAAUGAAGAGGCCAACGCAGAGUCGGAGCUGUUCGACAACUUCAAGACCAAGAUGACGGACAUAGUCCACAAAAUUGACGAGAAGAAUAAGAGAGAAGGUCGGACAAGAUCUCAGCAUGCUACAGCGGAAACUCCCAAGGUUCAGAAGUCUGGCAAAACGGAAGACACGAGCCCGGGUGAGGAGUUGACAUUUAAAUCGGUCCUGAAAGCCGCUGUGCAACUUCAACAUAUCAAAGAUAUCCGAGACGAACUCAAUAUGUUGAAAUCAGUUGUAACUCAGCAGAAGAAAGCCUGGGACGACCUUCUGGGCGAAGAAUCUGACAACGUCGACGCAAGAACCUCUGCCAACACUCGCAGCCCUGCAGACUAUACGAUUGCUAACAUAGAGGAAAUGGACAAGGCUGCUUCACGCAUUCAGGUAUCGAUCCUCGAUGUCAUGGGCCUCGAACAGAAUGAAGCGAGUAUCAAUGAGGCUGUGUCGUCGCGGAAGCAGGCACUAGAGACUAUCGAACAAGGGAGGACUCUCAUGGUCUUCACAGUCAUCACAAUCAUCUUCCUUCCUCUAUCAUUUCUCGCCUCUCUCUUUGCCCUGAACAUUACCGACUUUCCACGAUCGUCGGGCUCAGUGCAAUUUACCCCUGGCUGGGUAUAUCCGAAGCUAUUCGGUAUUACGGGUGGUAUCACAAUGAUUGCAAUCUUGAUCGCUUUCUCCCGGCCACUCGUUCGGUUCUGGUCGACUAUCCGGAGAAGAUUUUCUCGGCCCGUGGAAACUUCCAACGUUGCUGCUCAGUCGCCAUGGAUCCCUGCCAAUUACCCGAUGGAAACCAAGAGGAUGCAACAGCGGAGCCAACGCGACAGGAAACGAGUUCUUGAGUCGGACGUCGAGAAGCGGGCUCAAGCAUCUUACGAGGUCGUUGAUGUUGUUAUUGACGAGGGAGGUGAGGUUGGUCACAAACAACAACGUGGGCUGAUUGACAGAGUGCGAUCGAGCUAUCACAGCUCCAAGGCCGCACUGCAUGAGCUCGGAGUCAAAGCGGCUUUGAGAACGGUUGCUGAUAACAAUCUCGGACGACGACUGGGUAUGACUGCUAAGGAAACGCCUUGA